CGACCUACAUGUCCGAGUCCUCCGACUUUGUUCCUACUCUGAUCCUUUUCCCUGCCCUCUCGCUGGUUCUCCUCGUUCUGACCAUCGGCCUCAUCUUCGUCACGGUUCGCGCUCCCCGCCCCUCUAGAGACAGCGUGGUCCUUCUCCUCCUAGCGUCCAUGGCCAUCUUGUCGGGGUUGAUCGCAGGAUUUGGUAUCCAAGAGGCAUUGCACGCUCAAUCUGAAGGGCACACGCACCAAGUGCUCGCCGCUCUCUUAGAGAGUUAUGCUUCUGUGUGCAUGAUGUACAUGCUUGCCAAGUACUUCCCGCAGUCCCUGGCUGGGCGAAGCACCAUGCGACUGGUGUAUGCGCUUUGGGGAAUUGUCAUUCUAGUUUCCUUCGCGGCCUCCGUGGUCUCGGUUUACUCAUAUGAGGUGGUUUCCCCCGUACUUGCCCCGGCUCUGGCACUGGUGGCAUGUUGCAUCCCUAUGCCACUUAUCAUCGGCAUACUUCUGAACAGUCAAGGCAUACACCUCAUGGGACACAAGUCGGAUUUGACUUGCUUUCCCGCUCGCUCGGAGACUCCCUGCCAUGGCGCUUGUCCGUGUCUGGACUGCCGUCGUAGUGAUCAGCCCCUUGAAGCCGAUAAUGGCCUCAAGCAGAUUGUUAGGAAGGCCGCAGCUCUGUUGAUAAUUCAAAGCGCCGCUCUGGUGUACGCUGUCAUACGCCUCGGCUUUGUGGUGGUUAGCUCUCGACAGCCCUACUAUCGCAGUCGUUAUGAUCCCGUGUCUCACCAGGGUAACGGUCAGGAUGCGCCUCAGUCGUUUGACUACAACGCUCUGCAGGUAUCUUCUUCCAUCAAAGGCUUGUUCGUUGCCCAUUCUGUAUUCCUGUUCUUGUAUGUCGCUGGCAUUUUGGUGGCAAUACACGCUAUGGCUCAAAACCACACACGUUCAAUUGGAGUAAGGCAGAGCCCUCGAAUCAACAAGCAAGCCAUCUCACCCCCACGAAGCAUUGAUCCGGCCGACUUUCUGACUCUGCGUGACCCUUUUGCGUCGCCCCCGCCUUUAUCUCCCCGAUCGAUUCGAAGUGCAUCUACCGAGUGGACUGAAGCUCUACCCGCAUAUCCCAGUGGCGCGACCCUUCAAUCCACGUUCCGUGUACCUAGAACGUCCUCCGAACGCCGCAUCACCUUCGAUACCCUCUCCCAGACCUCAAAGGGGCGUCAAGGCAAGAAGCAACGAAGCAAGCAAGGUUCUCUGCGUUCUCGUUUCACCUCACAAGUAACAGCUGCCUCAAUAAUCCCGGCCGCAAAGACAAAGGAGCGCGUGCCGUUCGAUGCAGGUGAAGCGCUUCUCACGCAGAUGCUCCUUCAGUCUUUGGACCUUGAAGCUGGGCGACAACGUCGAGUCAAAUUCCCCGCUCGUCAUGCUCAUCGCCCGACAAAGCACUCUGACGGUCUUCGUGGACUGUCUUCUCCUUCCGUACCCGAGAUGUCUAUGGCUCAGAUUCAAGUUCCAAAGCGGGUGCACUACUCGUCAACACCGCCUGCGUUAUGCUCUCGGUGGAGUUCGAGCACGGGUUCUAUGGCUUCAACAGACCUGAUGACUCUGAACUCUAGCCAUGACACUUGCUCGAGCUCUUUCGUGACCAUCUCCAUUGAAGGACGUCGUUCGACCGACUCGGAAAAGACUGAACGUCCGUCGACUGCGUUAGAAGAUCGCCCUCCGACGCCAUUGGAACCUUGCCCCUCCACCUUAUUGGAGACACGCACCCGAGUAUCCUUGGGGCAGCGCCCUCCCACUCCGCUUGACCCAACGCGUCCGCAAACAUUGUUUUCUCACCUCGCGAUUCAAAACAGGCCCAUCUCAAUCACCGAAGAAGAAAUGUAGACUUGCUCUCGAUCCAUGCAGCUAUACCCACUCAGCGAUCACCCAUUUUCAAGCAUGCCCACGUGGCAUUUGUACAAUAUUGUAACAACAUCCUCAGUCGUCGGAUCUCGCUUUCGUCUCGCAUUCUCUCUGCUCUGUUGUUCUAGAUGGCUUGGCGAUUCACCACUGGUCGCCAUCCAACACCCAUCGCCUCCGUUUUCACCACUCGCUUCGUUGCCACCGUCUGUCGCUACCCAUUAAACUUAGCAUUAUUGUUAUUAUUCAAGGUACACUUUACGUUUAGCCUUCUUAUUCGGUCAGUCUUUCGUUUCAAACAUUUUUGACAGCAAGCACCCUCUCUCACUGAUAGAUCUUCGAGUCUUCACAUGUAUUCUUUAUACCUUUGCCUUAGACCCUCC